AUGGAUUCAGAGGAGGAAUUCGACAAACCACAGUUUAAACAGAAGCAAGUAAAAUUCGAAAUUCGUAAAGAACAACUUCUUCCUACACAACCGAACUUUUUAUCUGCACCAAGGCCGCUUUCUGCUUCAUCAUUUUUCAAUUUAGAGAAAAAGGACGCAUUUCCUGUUAAACUACCAAAGAGAAGCAAAUCUCAAAUGAUUUUAACAAUAGAUUUACCUGAAUUGCCAAAAAACACGAAGACACAAGAAGAAAUCACCAAUGAAGUUAUUGAAAAAAUGUAUCAAUUAAGAGCUGAUACGCCACCAUAUAUUGAAACAGUUACAAAAACGUUAUUACAAAACCGUAGCGUGAUUCUUAAUGAUGAACUCGACAAACACAUUUUUGUUGCACUUUCAUCAAUACUUCAAGUCAAUAAGGAAAAGCGAGCAUUGUUUAUCGUACCUUCAUCAAACAUUUUAACAUGGAUUCGUUCAUUUUUACCAGAAACAUCCGCAAAAUGGCCCGAAGGUCGUGUCGAGCAACAAAACGCAUUAUCAAAACUGCGAAGUGGCAGUACUCAAGUUCUUUUAUGUAUUAAUACUAAUACAAAUAAUUUAAUUUUAGAUCAUAUUGAUUAUAUUUUCGUAGUUAAGGCAGAACUAUCUACGAGAUGUUUCCCACAUAUACAAGGCUUCAAAGGUCCAAUACUAUUCCACCAAACGCCUGGAUAUAAUACAGAUUUUCCAUUUUCUUGUGAAAAGAUUUCCGGAAAUUUCGAAUUCCAGACUGUUCCAAACAUAGUUAAAGUUGCUGAUUAUGUUGGUGCAAUACCAAAAUUACUACAAACAUUGAAAGGUCUGAAAACAAUUAUUAUUUGUCCGACCAAGAAGAUUUGUGGCGAAGUUAUUGCACGUGCAGGCUCUUCAGUCUCGCACUUCACUAACCAGGAACCUUCAGAAGGUUCAACUUAUGUUUCAACAACUGCAUUUCUCUUUACAACCGCAAAAUUCGACAGUUACAUUUUUGCUGGUUUUCCUCCAUCCCUUGACCUUCUUAUGUCAUCAUGUCUUAUUGGCAAGCAAGUUUCUAUUCUCUUAAACAUCCCGACCGCCCAACAAAUGCAGAGAUAUUCACAUGAUUCUGCUGUUGAUAGAACUGUUGUUUUCGAGGUUGUUAAAAAGGUUGUUUGGGGAGGAAGUUGCUACAGGAAAACUGGAGAGAUUGUUACAUUUAACAAUCAAGAAAUAGAUGCAACUCCUGAAGGCCUUUCUGUUCUUUAUACUUCCAUGGCCAAACACGGAAUUUGCGACUAUAUUCCUUUCGAUGCAGAAUCUGUUACAAUCAAAGUUAAAACAAUGAUUGAAGAAAUGAAUUCUCCUUUGUUUAAGAUCAUUACACAAUCAAAGUCUGAUAGAAGAGGUUUGUACACUUUCAAGAUGUCACAAUUAGCCCAUGAUGCCAAUCUUUCUCCAAUGAAAAUUGCAAAUGACUUCAAAAGAAUUGAGAGUCUUGGUGCAAUCGAUGUUACUUAUUCAGGAAAAGUAACAAUGUUAAGUUUGCAUCAGCAUUUUGGAGAUAAGUCUUAUCAAGAGAUUCUCAACACAGUAACUAAUGAAAUGCAGAAGCACGAAGAUGAUUUCCACGAUAGUUUCAACAUUAUUUACACAAUCACACAAUUACCAGAUAUUGCUAGAAAAUACUAUGAAUCUGAAUACAAAAAAGAAAGUCUCGGAGAGAUCAUGGAGAUCCCAUACGAUAGAGUCGAUGAAGACAAGAUAAAGAAAUUAGUAAAGAGCAGGUCAAUUCAAUGGACACCAAGAGUAGCUGCAAGAAUAUUGCAGGGAAUUUCUUCGCCAUUGUAUCCUUUCGAUAUGUGGAAAUCAUCUGGUCAUUGGUCAGCUUUGCAGAACUGUAAGUUCUCUGAUAUAAUGAAAGCAACUCAAGAUUUGUUGACAAGACAAAUAACGAGACCAGAUGAGGAAAAGAAUUCCAAGAAAAAGUAG